AUGGUUUGGAUACUUUACAUAACAUUUCUCUUUAUAUGCCUCAAACUAUUCCUGGUGUUCUUCUUCUACGAAGGGUCUUUGACAAUGUUUGAGGUCGACUGGUAUUCACUUCAGCUAGGACUUCUCGUGGUUGCAAUGAUCUCCACAUUAGGCUUGAUUUUAAUUACUGAGAAAGAAAAUCGUAGAAAGAGAGAAGAAGAAAACUCAAGAUAUCAUCAAUUGAUCAAUUCAA